AUGAAGGCCAUGAAGGGGCUUAGUGUGAAUCGGAUGAUGAGUACGCUCAAGAAGCGAACGACGAAUAACUUCAGUGGAUCCAGCCAAGUGUCGGCAUCGCCAGUAGACCCGCAGAACGAGACGCCCGAAGCUACGGCUGCGCGUAGCGUGAAACAAUUUUGCGAAUCUGGAGGCCCCAAUGCUCAGGGCGACGAAGUCCUCUACCUCCCGCCCAUUGUCGAUGCCGCUGAGUCUUCUCCGGCCGCGGCCGCCGAAUGCGCGCGCAUCAUCCGGAAAUACCUAGCCAAGGAUAACCACGCCAAAGCCUCGUGGCAGUACAAUGCCAUCAUGCUGAUUCGCAUCCUUACCGACAAUCCCGGCCCCACGUUCACGCGGAAUAUGGACAAGAAGUUCGCCGAUACCGUCAAGGAGUUAUACCGUACUACGCACGAUCCCAGUGUCAGACAGAUGCUAUCCGAGACAUUGGAUACUUUCGAGGCUACCAAGUUUGACGAUCAGGGUCUGGGCGAGUUGAUCUCUAUGUGGAAGAAGGAAAAGGAACGAAGCUACAAGCAAUAUGGCAAUCCCAGACAGUCUAUGGCUGGCCCCGAUCCUCGGACUAUGAAUGCGCCGCCAUUCAAUCCUCACUCGCAGAAUUAUUUUGCAAGAAAUCACACCAAUCGAAGCUUGCCUACCCCCGUUGAGCUUGCAAGUAGGUUAGAGGAGGCGAGAACAUCUGCAAAGUUACUUUCUCAGGUUGUCGUCAACACCCCUCCCCAGGAGGUCAUCAACAAUGACCUGAUCAAGGAGUUCGCGGACAGAUGCCAGAGUGCUUCGAGAAGUAUACAAUUGUACAUGACUGCCGAAAACCCGUCUCCCGACAAUGAGACUAUGGAGCACCUGAUUGAUACGAACGAGCAACUACAAUCAGCGCUCAACCAGCAUCAGAGAGCCGUUCUUGGCGCUCGGAAGCAGCUCGGAAUUGACCCGAGGUCAGAUAAUGCUAGCCCCGUGAGCCCCCAGACGGCUGAGUCUCAGCAAGCGAGUCGGACCCAAGAAUGGGCGCAAGCCCAGGCCCAGUCGUCAUCUUCUAGUUCGACCCCUCCUCUGCCGACAAGGCCGUCCGAAGGAAGCGGAAAGGGCAAGGCAUCAGAAACCUUCGCCCCACCCCCGGGACCGCCCCCGAAAGCGCAACCGCAAUACGGGGCCGAGGACCCAUUCAGAGACCCCCAGCCGGAGAUCCACUACUCUUCAUCGAGCAGACCCGGAGGGUCCGGUGGUGCGGUGGAACUACCGGGCGAGGAGCCGCGGCUGGCUCAUGAGCCAUUCCAUCCAGGCUUCAACCCCACUCCAAGCUACCUUGGAAGACAAGACAGCGCUCUUGGCAAAAUCACGAUGCAUGGCGCCGACGAAGCCACUACGCCUGGACCCCUCAGCGGUAACCCGAUCCAGACUGUCGACCUCAGGAACAGGCAAGAGACACUGCAUGAGGACUCGGAUGAUGACCUUUACGAAUCAACCCCGAAGAGUUCCAAGAAGAAGGACCCGGUGUACAGGUACUAG